AUGGCUCGCAACAUGGACGAACACGAGUACGACCCGCACCACGUGUCCAUCGGGCCGUACCACUACCGCAAGGGCUCGCCGCUUGCGAGGGAGGACCACAAGCUCCGGCACGUCGAGCAACUCCUCGCCGACGCUGCCGGCGGUGCCACGCCGGGGCCAGACGAUUUCAAGAGAUAUCUGGCGGCUCUGCAGCUGCUGGAUAGCCGCGUGAGGAGGUGCUACACCGGCGAGAUCCCCGACAUGACGGCCGAGGAGCUCGCCGGCAUGAUGCUGCUCGACGGAUGCUACAUACUCGUGCGGUUUGGCCACCUCGGUGAGUCGACGACGACGGCCAGCCGCGCGGAACAUACUCCGGCGAUCUCUGUCACCCCAGAAGAGGCGGCAGGGGCCAUUGCGGCGCCCAACGGCACCAUGGCAGGCGAAAACGGGUGCGUGUCGACGUCGGUCGCGUCGGAGACGGGGAGUCGCCGGCGCAGUGACAGGCAGAUGGAGGACUUAGCCUUGGUACGUGACGUCUGGUUCCUGGAGGAGAACCAGGUACCCUUCCUCGUCUUGGACGAGAUCCAGAGGUUGUCGACGGGCGGGAGCACGUCGGCGGCGACACGGAUCGCGCCGUACGCCCGGGAGCUUCUACAGAGGAAGCUCUACUCGACAGCGCCUUCGCCGCGGCUGGAACCGCCGCCGGGAAACCUCCUACACCUCCUGCACAUGCACAUGACGUCCACGACGCCGCGCGCUGAUGUCGGCCAGGAUAACGGCUUCGCCGUGGGCCGGUGGCGCACGGUGACGGAGUACGCGACGGCCGGCGUGGAGUUCACGGCGAGGGACCUCGGGGCCGCAUGCUGGCCGGGCAGCAUCCUCGGCGUGGAGCAGUCUGGCGGCACGGUCUUGGUCCCCAAGCUCAACGCCGACGGCCAGACGCUGCGGCUGCUGCGCAACCUGAUCGCGCUGGAGCAGCACAACGCGCACGAGGUCGGGAGCCGCGUGACGGCGUACUGCACGUUCCUGACGCAGGUGGCGUGCACCGGCGGCGACGUGGCGCGGCUCUCCAAGGCCGGGGUAGUGUCGCACAGCAUGGGGAACGACGGCGAGCUCGCCGGCCACCUGGCCGACCUCUGCAAGGGCAACGUGUUCGACUUCGACGACCCACGGUGCAACUACCUGCUGUCGACGUGCCAGGCGCUAGAGAAGCGGUACAAGAGCCGGCCGCGGAGGUGGAUGGCAUGGCUGAAGCGGGAGCACUUCAGCAACCCGUGGGUCACGGUGGCGCUCGCCGCCGCGGCGAUCACCCUGGCCUGUGGCGUCGUGCAAGCGGUCUUCUCUGUUCUCAGUUACAAAAAUGGCAAAAAUUGA